AUGUAUUAUCCAGAACUUAAAGAAUUUAAAACUAAUUUUUUAAAUUAAAUUUCAAUCUAAAAUGAACAUAAUUACAAUAUGAAAAUACCUUGGAAAACUUUUAAAUAGAUUCAUAAAGUCUUUUUAUAAGGAGCUCGAAAAAAAUGUAGAUUAGUAAAUAUACUUUAUGAGAUUUCAAGAAUAUAACUUAUAUUACAAGAAAAAUUUGGUGAUCAAUUAUUAUUAAAAAGCCAUUAAAUGGGUGCAAUAAUAACUGAAAAUAAAUUAGAUUAAAUUAAUUCAAAAAAAUCAAAUCAUUUAUAAAUCAAACCUUUUGAUCCUUUUGAAAUGGAAAAUCAAUCUGAAUCUUUAGAAGAGUUAGAACUUUUGAUUUAAUAAAGAUGA